AUGGCCGGCCGUUUUGUGCGGGCGUCCAAGUACCGCCACGUCUUCGGCAAGUCUACCAGGAAGGAGUUCUGCUACGACAAUAUCCAUAUCAGCCGCAAUGCGUGGGAUACAAACUUGGUCAAGGCCAACCCCGAAUUCCUCUCUGUCAAUUGGGAUUCUUCUGGUGGCGGCGCGUUCGCCGUCAUCCCCUUGGAAGAGCGAGGAAAGGUGCCUGACCAGAUCCCGCUGUUCCGUGGACACACCGCUGCUGUCCUCGAUACCGAUUGGAACCCCUUCAACGACCACAUCAUCGCUUCCGCUUCCGAGGAUGGAAAGGUCUUCAUCUGGGAGGUCCCCCAGGGCUUCACGCUCCACACCGAUGCCGAGGAGAUUAUCGACGUUGCGCCCAUCAGCAAACUAACCGGUCACACGAGAAAGGUCGGACAAGUCCUCUUCAACCCCGCGGCCGAAAACAUUCUCGCCUCUGCGUCCGGCGACUUCAGCGUCAAGAUCUGGGAUAUCGGCACCGGCCAGUCCCCCCUCGCCCUGAAGCACAGCGACAUCGUCCAGAGUCUGUCAUGGAACGCAAGCGGUGACAUGCUCGUCACCACCUCGCGCGACAAGAAGGUGCGAGUGUGGGAUGUCCGUCAGGAGAAGGCCGUUCACGAGUCCGCCGGCCAUGGCGGUGCCAAGAACAGCCGUGCUGUCUGGUUGGGUGAGCACAACCGCUUCGCCACGACCGGUUUCUCGAGAAUGAGCGAGCGACAACUAGCUCUAUGGGAGCCCGGAAACCCUGAGCCCCUUGGCGGAUUCACCAUGCUGGACUCCAUUUCCGGUGUUUGCAUGCCUUUCUGGGCAGAUGAUGGCUCGAACUGUCUGUAUCUUGCUGGAAAGGGUGACGGCAACAUUCGAUACUUCGAAUUUGACAACGACAAGUUCGAGUUCCUCAGCGAGUACAAGUCUGCCGACCCGCAGCGAGGUAUUGCCUUCGUUCCUCGACGAGGCAUCAACGUCCACGAAAACGAGGUCAUGAGGGCCUACAAGACGGUCAAUGAUGCUUACAUUGAGCCCAUCUCUUUCACCGUGCCCCGACGUGCCGAGACCUUCCAGGCCGAUAUCUUCCCCCCUGCUACAGGCCAAAAGCCGGCUGUCAGUGCCAAGGAGUGGCUUGAGGGAAAGACCGGAAUUCCCGCCAAGAUUGACCUUGAGAGUAUCUACGAUGGCACUGCUCCUAAGGAGAUUGCCUCCGACUACAAGGCUCCUGCUCCGGUUGCUGCGCCUGUUGUCGAGAAACCCGCCCCCAAGAAAGAGGAGCCUAAGCCCGCCGUAGUUACUCGAGCUCCUCCCCCUACCGCGAAUGAGCAAAAGGGUUCCAUUUCUGCUAUGGCCUCAAAGUACCAGGACAACGAAGAGUCUGAGGAAGAGGAGGACGACGAUAAUUCCAGCUUCGAAGAGGUCUCGCGCCCUGCCCAGCGCACUGCCGUGCCCAUCCGAUCUGAGCCCAAACCUGUUGCCGCUCCCGUCAAGACUCAGACCAUCCCCGCUGCUGCUCCCGCUUCUCCUGUGAAGCCAUCUUCUCCCAUCAAGCCCGUCGCCACCACCUCGACUCCCCGAGCCGUCGCGUCCUCCGCUUCCGGCAGCGAGCCCUCCCUGGCCCAGAUUAAGGAGUUGAUUGAGAAUCAGACCAAGAUCAUCACCAGCCUGGCCACCGAGGUCGAGUCGCUCAAGCGCAAGGUCGGUACUGGUUCGCAGGACCAGAGCGAGCGCAUCCGACAACUCGAGCUUGAACUGGAAGAGGCGAGGUCUUGAGAGGUCUUUAGAAGCUGCGCUUUCUAGACCAACAAGACGGUGGUUGUUGCAUGUUGGAAAGUUGAAUGUGGGCGGAUGGUUGUAGCGACUACGUGUAUAUAGGGUGUUCAAAAGGCUGCGUUUCUGAUGUCUGCCACUCUUUUUUGCUCUCUCAUUCUUGCCAGUGUUUCCAGGGCUUCCAGGGUCGAAUAUUUGGUUUUUCGUUGGUUCCACUGAUGCAUCAUGGUUGUUUUUAUUCUCCAGCCUUCCUGAGUUACUCACUCUGUUUACUAGUUUCCCAUACCAGAUGGGAUGUGCUUAACCAAGUCACUUGAACUAA